AAUUGGUAAACAAAACUAAUUAUUGAAAACAGAAAAUUUGUUGAACUGUCUUCAAUUUCGGAAAAGUGAUGGAAACAGACGCUGAAACGUGUACGAAUGACGAAAAACUUUCAGAUGCAGAUAUUAGUAUCGCGGAAACAGUGGAUUUAGAUGAACAGCCAUCUCCACCUCCAAUGUUACCGGCUCACGGUUUGCAGUCCAUGUUCGAAACGAUAGACUAUCUGAUAGUUCACGAUGGGUAUCAGUGUGCGGCCUGUCCGCAGGAAAGACGUCGCAGCUUUCCUGAUAUGCCAGAACUUCGCCGGCACAUGGUAAAACACGUCAAUGGUGGUCGUACAUCGGGCCGACAUUCGGAAAUACGUUGCAACCAUUGUAAUCAAACGUUCGGUCGAGUUGAUAUGCUCCGGAAGCAUCUAUUGGAAGCACUGAACAAGGAGUACGGUCGGGCCAUCGAUGGUGAUGAUUUGGACAAAGAAAAGCACGAUGUUGGCAAUGUUCCAGUUAAUUACAUAAUCAAAAAUGGUUGUUUAACGUGUUCGGUGUGUGAUGCCGAAUUCGGUGCACCGACUCGAUGGAAUAAGGAGAAGUUUAAGAUGCACGUCGGCAAAGAGCACUGGAAAACACCAGCGUUCAGGUGUGAAGAUUGCGGACAACGAUUCACCGAAAUUGCAAAAUUAGAGAAACAUAUGAAAAGACACGUAGAACUGAUGGAUGUUGCGUGGAUGGGCGCAGAACCUACACUGUCGGGCGGUUCAAAUAUAAAAAGGAAUGCAGACUCCGAUUACGAUGAACCAUUUGACAGCAAGCUAUUCAACAAUGUCGUUAAAGACCCAGUAGAAUUACAUUUAGAUGAAUUACCACUACCUGAAGUUCAAAUCAAAAUCGAACCAGAUGAUGAGAAAAAUCCAUUACUCGAAGAUGACGAAGAUGGAAUUGCAGCUGAAAUAUUUGAUUCGUCAAACAGUUUCAGUUCAUCAUCCGAUUCAAGCACUGAAUAUGAUUCUGCCGUGCCAUUAGUCGAAAAAUCGAGAAAAUAUAAAGCCAAUCGAAAAGCACGAAAACUUCAACGAAUCAAAGUUCCAUGCAGGAAAAUACCGGGAAGCAAUGAAGGUUCUAUUAUAUUAGCUUGCAACAUUUGUGACGAAGGAUUUCUGUUGCAAGAUCUGCUCGAUCGGCAUAUGGUGCAAAAACAUGAUGAUCGUGAACGGCCCUACAGGUGUUCGUACUGCUCAAAAACUUACAUGACCAAUGGCAAUCUCCAGGAGCACAUACGAAUGGUACAUACGGGGGUAAAAUUUCCCUGCAAACAUUGCGGUAUCAAACUGUCCACCAAGAGUUCCUGGAAACGUCACAUGAAGGGACAUACGGAGGAGGGAUUCAGCUGCUCCAUCUGCCAGGAAAAAUUUUCUUCUCAUUCGGUGUUGGCCAAACACAAGCGGCGAGUUCAUGAGAAGGCUGCUAACAAUUUUAUUUGUGUGGACUGUGGUAACACAUACGACACAAAUGCAGCCUUGCGAGAACAUCGUAUUUCGCACACCGAUGAACGACGAUGGGAGUGCCAUGUAUGUGGUAUGAAGUUUAAGCGGAAUCAUAACUUGAUUAACCACCGGAAAAUUCACCUGAUCGAUAAACCGGUGAUCAAGUUCAAAUGUCAGGAGGAAGAUUGCAGCGAGGAAUUUUUGACGAAAUCGGCUCUAGCAACGCAUCGAUCAGCUCACGGUCGAGUGUGCUGCCGAUUAUGCUCCCGCACGUUUGAAACUCAAAGCGAUCUUAUGCAGCAUCGCCGGGAAGAUCAUAAAAUGACGGGAAAAGAAGCCGGUAUCAGUUGUCGGACGUGUCACCAACGCUACGCUGAUCACGAUGCACUGUUGAAACAUCGCUCCGAAGAUCAUCCAAUGGAGAUUCCUUUGGAGUGCGACGUUUGCAAGGCGACAUUUGCGUCUCCGGUAGCACUGCGGGCCCACAAACGCGAACACCAACGUGUUAUUCUCUACAACUGUCCAAACUGUCGCGAAACCUACAACUCACAGCUUUUGUUGGAAACUCAUAUGAAAGAUGUUCACGCAGACUGUAAAAAUCACGUGUGUUACCUCUGUGGCAGUGGGUACCCGACUCGGAAGCAACUGGUAUCUCAUUUGGGCAGACACCGUAACCCUCAGAGAAGAACGAACUCUAAUAUGCCUGGUAACUACAUGUGCGAUAUCUGUGGGAAGGAAUUCAAUUUUCGAAUAACACUGAAGCGACAUGUAUUCAAUUUCCAUGAUCACGAUCGAAAGUUUCAGUGUGAGGUAUGUGAGAAAACUUUGGUUUCUGCAGAAGGACUCAAGUUACACAUGAGAAGUCAUUCUGAAGAUCAGUUGGUAAUGUGUGAACUGUGUGGAAAAGGUUUUUCGCAGCCAUACCGGUUGCGCGAGCAUAUGAUCCGUCAUUCUCGUGAAGCUAACGAGCAGCGCUGCCAUAUCUGUAAUCGCGCAUUCCGCGAUCCGAACAAACUGGAGCUCCAUCUGAAAUCACACACUGGCGAAACGGAGUUCUGCUGCAUUCCGUGUCAACGAUACUUCGCAACAGAUCGCCACUACCGGCUCCAUCUGAAGCGUAUGCACGAAUCGGAGGCUGCCUGCCCUGUAUGUGAUAAAGUUUUUCCUACAGAAAAGAAAAUGAAAAGCCACGUAAGGAUUCACGAUAAUCCGCAUAUGUUCGAGUGUCCUACGUGUUUUGCCUGUAUCAAAGAAAAGAAACAAUUCGAUCGCCAUAUGCGACUGCAUACAGGUGUUAGGCUUCCGUGCCAAUUUUGCCCGUUAACAUUCUCCAUGCCCAAGACGAAACGGACACACGAGGCCCGGUUUCACAAGGACCAGAAAGUACUGACAACGGAGAAAGCUGUGAGUGAAGAUAAUAACGAUGAAAGUCCCUAUAGUAAAUCGGCAGAAGAUAUUUUGCUGAAUAUGAGUGUAGUAGAAUAUAAAACGCCACCAAUAAGAGACGAUGAUAAGACUUCAUGGUCGAUUACAUGUCUAGGAUUAUGAGAGCUUGAAUGAAUUUCGGCCAAUGCAUACGAGCUUUUGAAAAAUCAAACCCCGAUACCUUCAUUGAAACUAUAAAAUCGUUAUCACUUACGAUCUAGACGGUAGGAAUUAGUUAGAAAUUGUGGUGAACGAGUGUGUAUUAAAUAUGAGCAAAUACGAUCUACAAAAUUACAAGCGCUGAAAAGUUAGAUCAGCGUUAACUGGCGAGAAUCAUUCACGGACAAUUUGAUCGCCAAUUUUUCAUCGGAGUACCUGGUCGUGUCGUCGAUCGAAAAAUCGUACUACAUAUUGAGUGAACAAAUUUUGCGUUAAAAAAUAAAAUUGUUCAUAUUUUACGUCCCGGGUUGACGGUUCAAUGCACGCUGGUCUUACAAGCCAUUUGUCGUAUGUUCGAGCCCCGACCUGGAAGGAUUCUUAGUGUCAGUAGGAUUCAUAGUAGACUUUGCUUUGCUCAUAUUUAUAUUUGAAUAAAUAAAGUCCGGUGAGAUGCCUCACGCCGCACUUAGGGAACGGUCAUAAAAAGAGGCUAUUUACAUUUUGGUAUGUUAUUUAAUACAUUUUUAUACAAAAAGAUAAUAAUUCAUUGUACUUCAUCUCAAAAGCAAACAUAAUCAUCAGGCAAACAAAAGAUAAAUUGAAAUG